UUUGCCUACAGUCUUCUACAUCUCCAUUAAAUUCCCCCUUCCGAAUGCCUGGUUGCAUGCAAACCAUGCAAUUGCUAGUCUUAUAUUUUUAUGCAUCAAUUCUUUAAUAAUUUAUUUAACAUAUUGACACUAUUGCACUCCAUCCUAUAUUCAUUUAUAUUUGCGAACUGAGCCUUUGAACUUCCUGGGUCAGCUUUCUUCGGCUUAGGGCUUGCAAUCUAAACGUCCAAGUCUGCAUAUGUAUGGCAACACAGAACAUACGUCAUUAGUACAGAGAACGCAUUGAUCAGAGGAUCGAUUUUUUAGAAGAAAUAGGAGAUUUAUGAAGAUGCUGAGCGUGACACAAACGGCGAACCUUUUGUCAUUACUUGGCGAGGAUCGAACCUUGGACUUCGUCUUCCAUGAAUUCUCUUCCAAAUUUGAGCGUCACAUUCAUUUCAAUGUUUGCUGCAACCUUGUCAUGUUAUUGGAGGAUAGGAGAAUCUUGAAACAGACCCAGCGGUUGGUAGCAUUCUACUUUCUCUACGAUGUGUAUUGCAGGGAGCAGUUAUGUGCAAAUCCAUUUUUGUCUUUUCUUCUUGAUGCUGCUGCGGAUGACACCACUGACAAUCUGGAAAGAACAUUUGUGCUUCAGCUUCUUGGUUUUACUAGUAGCAACAACAACAAAAAAGAGAUUUCCAGUCAAACUGCAGCUGAGUACAUCAAGACUUGUGAUCCAAAUUCACAGACAUUCUUGUCUCAUGAACAACUGCUUAGACAUUUUUCUGAUAAGCUACCAGGAGAACCAUAUAAAAGUUACUUUAAGAGUGCAGCCACCAAAAAUGUAAUCCGAGAUCCAGAUGUACCAAAUGGCUGUGAUGCUGAUGCACCUGAGCUUGAUGAUCCCACUCCAUUAAGUGAACAUCGAAUAGGUGGUGGAAACAGAGAUGCAGCUGCAGCUGGUCUGGUUCAGAAUGUAUCAAUUCAAGGAUUUGAACCGCCAUGGAUCAGACCAGUCCCACCUAUACUUCCAGAACAAGAUGGAGAGUUAGUGUGGUUGACACCUGAGAACAACCACGAACUGCUCUGGGAUUAUAGCAUGUGUGCUGACACUAGUCGUGGAGCUGCUGUUAGGGAUUUGAUAAUCAGAGCAUUAAAGGGAGCACUUGCACCUGCACAGCAAGAGGAAGUCCUUUUGGAGCUUGAAGCUGAUCCAAAACUUGUUUAUCACUGUGGGUUAUCUCCUCGUCGUCUUCCGGAGUUGGUCGAGAACAAUCCUAUAAUUGCUGUUGAAGUACUUCUGAAGCUAAUGAAUUCUGUUCAAAUAGCAGACUAUUUCAAAGUGCUUGUCAAUAUGGACAUGAGCCUGCAUUCGAUGGAGGUUGUUAAUAGGCUCACAACUGCAGUUGACCUCCCUACACAGUUUAUCCACACAUAUAUCUCAAACUGCAUAUCAUCAUGUCAAAACAUUAAGGACAAAUAUAUGCAGAACAGGCUCGUCAGACUAGUAUGUGUCUUCUUGCAGUCUCUUAUUAGGAAUAAAAUUAUUAAUGAGAGAUCAUUAUUACCUUCAUUAUUUUGCAGUUCAAGAUCUUUUUAUUGAAGUGCAAGCCUUCUGUAUUGAGUUUUCUCGCAUCAGAGAAGCAGCAGGGUUAUUCAGGCUGCUGAAGACUUUGGAAUAACUAUUUUCUGGAUAGCAGUUAUUGGCAAGUCAAAUUAGGUGAGUUUUGAUUACAGCUCAAAAUGAGCCUCACACAGAAUCAUUUUCCUUUACACGUGUCUUGUGCCGUUCAAGGCAAAAGACCAAAAUUUGCAAGGUCUGAAAUAAAUAAUCCGCACAUCUGCAUUGGGCAUCCAACAUGUAUAAACUUUAAGACUUUAAUCAAAGCAGCAUGAUACGCUUGUAUUAUUUAGAGUUCGAUUGGUUGUUGAGAUCUUCCUUCUGUUUUUUAUGUGUGCUCAACUCUUAUAUCCAGGUGACACGCAAAUUACUGUAAUAGUCCAAAGUACUUUUUGUACAUAUCUGAUGUUAUUGUUAUUGCAGCAAAUGAUGUAUGCCGAAUUCAUUGUUGAUGUAUAAAUACUGCAUUUUUCCGAA